UGUGUGUUUUUUUUUUUAAGACUGCCUACAUGUUCAGUCUUAAAUCCACUGUUUAACAGACCCUGAAUGAAGUGAAUUAAGUGUAGAGUAUACAUUUUAUUAUAUUAAAUCGACCGGGCAUUUCAAACCGGAACAAACUACGUCACCUGGAAUCUUGCGCUUGCGCAACAUAAGUUCCAGGUUUCAGCAGCAGGGAGCUGGACAUGAAUAUCAGGUGCACACUACGUAGGCUCAGACUUGUUUAUUGUUUAUUAGAGACCAAUCCAGCAAGGAAGUUCUCCUCCACACAAUACAGUAUGGCGUCUGUUAAACACAAGAAUGCGAAAAGGAUAGAAGGACUAGACAAAAACGUAUGGGUUGCCUUCACAUCUGUAGCUGCAGAUCCCUCCAUCGUAAAUCUCGGUCAGGGUUUCCCAGACAUCCCUCCUCCAUCUUACGUGAAAGAUGGUCUUGCGCAGGUUGCAAUGGUGGACCGGCUCAACCAGUACACGCGUGGCUUUGGUCACCCAACUCUGGUGAAAGCCCUGUCUCAGGUGUACAGUAAGGUGCACAGCCGUCAAAUUGACCCUUUCAAAGAGAUCCUGGUGACGGUGGGAGGCUACGGCUCUUUAUUCAGCAUCUUUCAGGCCCUUGUGGAAGAGGGAGAUGAGGUUAUAAUAAUUGAACCGUUCUUUGACUGCUACAUUCCUAUGGUAAAGAUGGCAGGAGCCAAACCAGUUUUAAUACCACUUCGCCUUAAAUCCAGUAAGAAGGCAGACAUCAGCAGUGCAGACUGGGUUCUAGAUCAGGACGAACUUGCCAGUAAAUUUAAUUCCAAGACGAAAGCCAUCCUUAUUAACACUCCUAACAACCCCAUCGGGAAGGUGUUCAGCAGGAGUGAGCUGCAGGCUAUCGCAGAUCUCUGCAUCAAGCAUGACACAUUGUGCUUCAGCGAUGAAGUGUACGAAUGGCUCAUAUACAAGGGCCAUGAGCAUGUUAAGAUAGCGAAUCUUCCUGGCAUGUGGGACCGAACCAUUACUAUUGGCAGCGCAGGAAAAACAUUCAGUGUGACGGGGUGGAAGUUGGGUUGGUCAAUCGGGCCUGAGCACUUGGUCAAACACCUCCAGACUGUCAUGCAGAACACACUGUAUACCUGUCCAACACCACUACAGGAGGCAGUUGCGCGUAGUCUCCUGAUUGACUGCGAGCGAAUGGGGCAGCCUGACUGCUAUUUCUCCAGCCUAGCUGAAGAGCUGGAGGGAAAGAGAGACCGCAUGGCAGCCAUUUUGAAGCAGGCAGGGAUGUGUCCUGUAGUUCCUGAAGGAGGCUACUUUAUUAUCGCCGAUGUCACAGCUCUCAAUCAGGAUCUUUCAGGCAUGGAAGGUGAUGAGCCAUAUGACUACAAGUUUGUCAAGUGGAUGAUAAAGGAGAAAAAACUGGCAGCCAUUCCUGUAACAGCGUUCUGCGGGGAUGAAUCCAAAAAGCAGUUUGAGAAAUACAUCCGGCUGUGUUUCAUUAAGCAAGACAGUACGCUGAACGCUGCUGAGGUCAUUCUGAAGAACUGGAACAAAGCCUGACCCUGGAUGUCACAGCAACGCUGCAUUAGUCUUCAUCACUCAGUGCUGAAGGGGAGAUCCACAUCCCCUCUGAUGAACGUGUGCAGUGUGUAAUAGCAGUGUUUUUAGCCCUAAGUAAUGACAAUAGCACAACUCACAUUGACAACAAUUACAGACAACUACAACUGACCUUAUAUAAUGUCUACAGCAUCACAUGCUCUCAGAUAGAAGAUGUUACUAUUGCUAUAUGGAGACUGGUAAGCAAUGACAGAUAUCUGAAAGAAGACAGAUAACAGUAAUUGACACUGAUGCAAGAACGUUAACCUCUUUACCUGCUUGAGCAUAUUCAGUAGCAUCUGCCUUGUAGGAAUGUAUUAUUAGAUCAGUUGUAUUAUUAGAUCAGGCCUCUCAGCCCUUGUUUAGGGACAGAAACAGAGUUGUACAAGGGCUCCGCCCCUGAGGCUUCUGUUUUAACAUACUAUUGCUAUUUUUAUUGCAGUUGAUAUUUACAGAGUGUAUUCCCAAUUUUCUGGACAUUUUCCAUGGAAUGCAAAUGUGGACUACCAUUUAAUCUCAGUUUAAAUGUUUGGUUUGAGAACUGAAUAGUCUGAUCUAAUUAAAGGUCUUCCCACUAGACUGUUAAA